AUGACAAGGAUACUUUUACUUUUACACCCAACUGUUGUUACUGAUGCUCACUUGGUAGAGUCUAUCAAGUCAGAUAUUGCCAAGAAUCACAGCGGGAAUCACCAUAUUGACCAACAAAUUAUCAAUCGAGUUACUCAGGGUGAAGUCAUCCUAGAUAAUGCUUCCUAUAAUGAGAUUAACUAUAUCAAUCCUAACGAAGAUGAGUACCGUGAGAUGCCAUUACUGUUGAUUAAAUUGUUGUUUGAUUUAUUGACUACUGAAGGCGGAGUUGUCAAAGGAGACCUACCAAAAGACCAAAAUUUGGAUGUUUUAAUGCAGGGGUUUAUUGUCGAAGAAGAUGGGUCAUGGACCAAACCUAAACCAAUAACUGAAACCGUAUCAUUGAAGAAGAAACUGAGUAAUGGUGGCGGCAAUUAUACCCAUUUGAACGGAGGUGCUAGUGCCAAGAAAUUACCAUUGUUUAAAAAAUUGUCUAAUCAAAAUGUUGCGACACCAGGACUUACAGACACAUCAGCAUCAAAUACCGAUGAAGAGAAUGAAAAUGGAGGAAUGAAGAGGAAACUAGUAGAGACAAAGCUCACCUAUUUCAGUGAGUCUGACGAUGACAAUGAUGGUGAUGGCGACGACGAUGGUGAAGAAUACAUCAACGAAGAUGAACUAAUACAGGAUUUGAAAACAGACAAUUUAAUCAUACCCAAGAAAUGUGAAUUACCCAAUGGUAAAAGAAGAAGGAAAGCAUGUAAAGAUUGUACUUGUGGGUUGAAGGAGUUGGAAGAGUUGGAAGAUAGCAAACAACAAACACUUCAAAACUCGAUAUUGGGUAAAAUGGCUCAAUCAGCAAGUUUAGAAGCAGAGAAAAUUGAAGCAAGGUUGAAACAAAAGCAAGGAGAGAAGAUCAAGUUUAAAGAAGAGGAUCUUACCGAAAUUGAUUUUACUGUCAAGGGCAAGACUGGUGGGUGUGGAUCUUGUGCUUUGGGGGAUGCUUUCAGAUGUGAUGGAUGUCCUUAUUUAGGAUUACCACCAUUUAAACCAGGUGAAGCUAUUACCUUGGAUGGAAUGGAUGAGGACAUUUAG